AAACACCACACACCAAACAAAAACCUUCCUUCACUCCUUCUCCUUCUUUCUCUCUCUAGAAUUCAACAAUGGGAUUCCCCGUAGGGUACCCUGAAGUCUCCGUCCCUAACAUCUUUCUCUACACUCUCUCUCUCCUCUCCUUCCUCCGUUCUCUCACCAUCUCCUUCCUCUCUCUCCUCCAUCUCUCCGACCUCCUCGACACCGACUUCUCCACCACCACCCUACCUGACUCCCACAUCCACCGUCCCACUCUCUCUGCAAUCCUCAUCCGUCAGUUUCUCCCAAUCAUCACUUUCAAUGACCUCGCCGAAGGAGAUUCUUCACCGCCGGUGGGUUGUGCUGUGUGUUUAAACGAAUUCGCCGGAGAAGAAGAGAUCAGAUGUAUGGCGAACUGUAGACAUAUGUUUCAUCGGACGUGUGUGGACCGUUGGAUUGAUCAUGAUCAGAAAACAUGUCCACUUUGUAGGACCCAUUUUGUGCCUUAUCAUAAAAUGGAAGAUUAUAAUCAACGGUUAUGGAAUGAUGCUGCUUCUGAAGAUGAUAUUGAUGACGAUGUUUCUCUUUUUUCUCAUCGUCAUGAUUAUUAUUACAUUGCUAAUGCUUCAUUAUGAGUUUCUUUCUUUUUUUCAUAGAGUUUUUGGGUUGGUGAAUUUGUAUAUAUUAAACCAAAACUAUAAAUGUAUGGAUAAAAAGAGAGAAAUUUUAAGUUUUGAACUAAUGUGUACGGUUUUUGGACAUCAUGUAAGUAAGAUAGGUGGAUUUUCUUCUCACAAAUAGAUAAUCUCUAUAAUUAACCUCUUUGGGUGUUUGUUUAAGAUGUUUGAUUCUUUACCACUCAAUCAACUAUGAAAGUAGAUUUGAGUGUAAGGCUUGAGGAUUUGUAAAUUGAGCACAUUGCAAUUUUUUUUUUGGUACAAUACUAUCCAAAAUUUUGGUUGUGCACUA